CAGAGCGCGACGAAUUCGAGAGAGCAAGCCCAACGCUUUCGAGCAGCCAGCAAGACAACCCUUCCUUCUCAGAUCAUCAAGAUGGGUCGCCGACCUGGUAGAGCUGCAGCGAAAAACGCUGCCGCCGCAUUGAAAAACACCCCGCAGACAUACGAUGAGGAGGGCGAGGAUGAGCAGAUGGUAGAUGCGCCAGCGUCUGAAGCUGGCAGCCCAGAGGCGGCCGAGGAAGACAAUGCCGAAGAAGAGGAGGAGGAAGAAGAUGCGGCUCGAGAAUCUGAACCCCCUUCGGGACCAACCACGCCUGCGCCUGAGCCCGUCGUUCGAAAGCGGAGAUUGGGCCGCCCGCCAAAGAAUAAGCCGCCGGGCUGGGAUGACGAAGUCCAGAGGGAUCAGUCGGAAUCGGGUACACCAGCGAAGAGAGGACGGGGGAGAGGGGGCUUUGGACGUGGCGGUGGCCGCUGGGCACGGCGAGGAGGUCCUUCGCAUGUUACUCAGCAGCCAGUUGACAAGGAAGGAAAUAUGAUGGAUGUCAUCAACGAUGAGGUCGAGCUGCCGGAGGACCCAGAGGGCGAGACCAAAGUCGACAAGCUGGGCUAUCUUAAGGGUGGACGGGAGUACCGCUGCAGGACAUUCACGGUGCUUGGCAGGGGUGAACGACUCUACAUGUUGUCUACAGAACCAGCCAGAUGUGUGGGAUUCCGGGACAGCUAUCUCUUCUUCACCAAACACAAACGCCUCUACAAGAUCAUCAUUGACGAGGAUGAGAAGCGCGAUAUGAUCGAGCGCGAGCUCAUUCCACAUUCUUACAAAGGUCGUGCCAUCGGUAUCGUCACAGCUCGAUCAGUAUUCCGCGAAUUCGGUGCUCAGAUCAUCGUUGGAGGGAAGAGGAUCAUUGAUGACUACGAGGUUGCCAAGGCGAGGGCCGACGGUGUAGUGGAAGGCGAGUUGGCCGAUCCCAACGAUACCAUCAAGCAGGGCGAGGAAUACAACAAGAACCAAUAUGUCGCAUGGCAUGGUGCGAGCUCCGUGUACCACUCGGGUGCUCCCACCGUUCCCCUACAGACUGGCAAGGUUGUUGAUGGUAAGAAGAAGCGGGUCAUGGUCAACGAUGUGAACUGGAUGUUAGAGCAUGCUCGUGAGGCAAGUCGAUUCAAUUCUACCCUCGGAGCUCUGCGCCGUAACAUUAUGAACGGUGUCUACGACCCGCACACGAAUCAAAUGCAGUAUCCAAAAUCUAUGCAACCAACACAUGCAAGAUGGGAGCAAGUUGAUGACUACGCCGAAGCCGAAGCCGAAGCCAAUGGCAAACUUCCCAACGGCCAUCCACACGAGCCUCGGGAGGAUGAGAAGAAGAGUAUUUUCACUCCCGUCAAGCCAUUAUAUUCCCGGAAUUACAUGAUUAUCGACACCAUGUAUGAAUCGGCGCCAGCAUCAAAUCUCGGCGUUCCGGGUCCAGACGGCGAUGAUUACGACAUAGGAUUCAACGGGCUUUCAAGCGUGCCCCCUGAGAUCAAAGCCGAGCUGCCCCCCGAAUGCCUCGCAGCUUUCAACAAAGCUCUAGAGAAGGAAUUGCAGUGGAAGAACAGAUGGGGAUCCGAGAGCACUGAUGCGAGGAGGAAACAACCGAUUAUUGAUAAGGGGCUCGUCAUACUAUAGAUUAUAGAUGGGGGGCGGGAGGGUGGGUGAGUGAGGGAAUUGUUGGAGUCUUCUUGUGUACAACACGGCUUUUAUUUUAGGGACGCUUUUGAUACCGGGAUAGGUAGGUAGGUGUAUGGUGUCUGUCUGUCAGCUGGCGAAGAAAGCCAGAUUCAACUGGCGUUGGCCCGGAAAUUAUUGAAGUGAAGUUGUAUUAUUUUCGGGUAACAUGACGGGAUUGAAAUGAAAAUAAUAAAUUCCUGACUGCACUUUGGCAAGUGAGUUUUUUGUGCUGGGUUGGAAUGAAU